AUGUUCAAACGAAAGAAGAAAGACAAAAACAAGGGCAAUGAGGAUGUCAGCGAGGAAAUCAGCGGUAGCAUGAUUCGGCAAUCCGCGACGGUGGAGCCUCGUGCUUCGUACAGGGUCCCCGCGGAAAAGCCCAAACAACAACAGCAACAACAACAAGUCGAAGUGGAUGUCGACGGCAUGGAAGAAAUGAUUGUCGAAGAAAAAGUGGAGAAAAAAGUAGUGGAAAAGCCACGGCCCCGACCACCCCCGAUAUCACCACCGGCAGCCGAAGAAGUGGAUGUGGAUGCCAUGGAGGAAGAACAAGAUCGUUCACGUCACGACGACAGUCCAGCAGCCAAUGCCGCCAAAGCCAAUCAUAUUGCCAGCAGUGCUGGAACACAGCGUCUUAACCGCAUCAUGCGAAAUACGGCCGUGCCAGAGAGUAUGGUCACGCCACGCAUUCUCGGUGGAACUGCCGAAACCAAAGUCCAUCACGUGGAACGAGUGAGCAAUCCGCAUGAUUUGAAUUCAGUGGCAAAGUUCAUGGAGACUGUUGUCUGCCCUCCGCUCAAGGUGGAUCUUCGAUCCAUUGGAGGAGACCAUCAGGACAACUAUCAAGAACACAAAAUGAUGCAAGAGACGCUGCUCUGCUUCAAGUUGAACACCUUUGAGACCAGUGGAUCCACCGAAACGGUACACAUGGAGUCGCUACAACGACCCGCUGAUUAUCCGAGACACAAGCGAUCAUUGGGCUUCUAUGGCGGGUCGGUCGGUGGAGCCGGUAAAGGAACCAAUCGCAACAAAUUGAGAUACGUAAUGAUUGUCAGAUCCACAAACUGGCCACUCAUGCAAGAGCGAAAGAAAGAACAGGCAAAAAAAUAUUCCGACUCUCAAGAAAAGGAACCUGCGGAAGCCGAUGCCAACAAAAACCCAGAGGUGGUCAAGGAGGAUGAUAUUGGAUAUGACACCAUGUACACUCCGGAUUCGGCUCUCCCUGGUGCGGGAGACACACGACGUGGCAGUUUGACUGGCAGCGUGCGGGAGGAAGGAGCCGGAAAUGCCGAAGCUGAUCCAGACGAAGAAGAAGAAGAAAAAGAUGCCAACGCUCUGAUUAGCAGUGGUAGCAAACAUGACAAUGAUGCUGGAGUAGUGGAUGACGAUGACUUUGAAAUUUCAUCGUUUCCUGUUUUGGUGUGUAUGACACUCUACAGUGAUGGAACCAACCCGGAUAUUCGCAAGCUUGUGCCCCUCAGUCAGUUGACCAGUAUCCAGGAUGUGCAAGCCACGGUGUUACAGUUGGGCUUCCUUGACGGUUCUUCCAUUCGCUGUGACUUUUCCGGGGAACAGAAAAACGUGACGAAUGAACUGGAGGAUGCCACGGCCAUCUCUGGAUCCAUGCAGAAAGAGCGAUUCAUCUGGUCUCUGCUGCAGAUUCACGCCAUGCUUUGUAUGACCGUUGUCGAUGCCUACGCUAUGAAAGCCUCGCAAAAUCGAUCCGGGCCAACAACACCCACCAAAAAGACCGCCGCGGCUAUCAGCCUGCCGCCACUAAAUGUUCGAAAUGUGGACAAAGCAGAGCUUCAAUAUGUUGCCACAGUCAAUGGCUUUCUAAAACAGUCGCCUACCAUUUGUGUUUUGCUGGAUCGACAGAGGUUGUUGGCGGAAGACAUGCGUCGUGACGGCAGUGAUGAUGUUGGUGCAGGGGCGGCAAAUGAAAGCAUCGCCAGCCCGAACAAAUCAGCAGAGGAUGCUGACGAAUCUGAUAUGUCCAAACGCAAACCAGCCAUUGAAGAAAUGGAUAACUUGGCCUACGAUGUGAUGAUGGGAAACUUUGCUACUCGGGUUGCUAUUUUUCAUUCUGACGAAGAACGCAAGGAUGCAGAAGCAGUACUGAAUUCCACCCAAUGGACUUCCAGUCUCAAUAGCGAAGACACUGCUGCGGCCUCUGCAGCAGAAAGAUUAGGGAUGGUUUUGCAGCGCCGCAUGCGUGAUUUGGAAGCGGAAACGUGCCGCCGAUUGAUUGCCUGGGAAGAUGAGAAGCACUACUCUGUCUCCAGCAGCAUGCUGUCAUCCAAGUCUGCCAAUCGAGAUUCGGUUGAUGCAUUGUAUCUGGAGUCACUCUUCAACACACUGGAUGGCUUGGACAAGGAACUGCAGAAUAUGGAACACUGGCUAGGAGAGCGUGGCGCGGCAAUCAAGCCCAUGACUGAUGAUUGCCGAGAUAUCGAAGAAGAAAAUCGCCAAUUGGAACAGCAGUGGAAGUCAUAUGAUAUGUUGGGAUCUGAGCUGCAACGCCUUUUGAAAGGCCUCGAAAUACAAGAUGACUUAGACUUGGUGCUAAACAACCCAGCAUCUGCGUUGGUGUACGACAAGGAAGGCAGAAUUGAAAUAGAUGACAGUCAAGAUGGAGUCGACAAAAUUCAUGGAGCAGGGCGAGCGUUGCAAGCUGCGAUGCUGCAUGUACAGAACUCGGGGGGUCUCCAUCUGAAAGCUGUCCUGGAGCGUUCUGAUGCCUUGGAGAAGGCAGCUAGCUCGUUCUGCACAGCAUUGGCUCAAAUCAUUGUAACUGUCAUGGAACAGUUCAAGACAGAUGUUGUGGCUGGUAGCGACUAUGGAAAAGUAUCAAAAUCCGAUACUCACACCAUGAUUGCAAAGAAGAUCCGAGACACCCAGCGCAAAUUCCAAUCCUCUCUUCUUGGAUACAUCAAAUUGAUUGAAAUCUUGGCAGAACUGAGCCCCGAGCUCUUGCCUGCUGUCAGAGAUGCGUAUUCGGAGAUGGUCGCUGAAGGAAUCAUGAUGAAGAAAAGAAUGAAAGGAUACUUUCAAGCUCUCCCUGGAAAGAAUGCUGCCUAUUUGAAGAAUGUAUCUCGGGAUCUCAAGGAGUACACACCAAAAUUCAAGACUGACACAGAAGGGGGCGGAGAGGUUCCUCCCCACCAAGAGGACACUGUGCAUGCCGAUGACAUCCGAUAUGCUUUGAGUGAACUCCUGCCCGUGAUUGCUCGUGAAGCCUACUUCACCGCUGCUCUCUUUGGGCUGAGCAACAAGGCUCAGGAUGGCCGGGACAAGAAGAGAAACUUUGAGGCUGCCAAGAAGAGUGUGGAUCAUUCCAGCCAAUACUUCAACUACUACAUUCAGCGAACUUGUGGUGUCAUUCAAGACUUUGACCCAGAAGCAGCAGCCAACAAUCCAAAUGCCAUCAAGGGAGAUCCCAUGCUGUGCCUGGUGGCUUCUAUCCACUUGAAUGAAGCAAUGGAGAACUACAUUGACCGUGAAAAGAAGGGUGGCGAUCACUCCUUGUCUCUAGCCUACGUCCGAGCAACCAUUUUGGAGUUGCGCAAGAAAGUGGACAAGCAGUGGGUGUCGUGGGUUGAACGCCAGAUUGAUUGGAUCCGAACACAUCCCGGAGUCCCAGCAAAUGGAAAGCGGGCUGGUGUGAUUCCUAGUUUUGCCAGGUUUCCAGUCUACCUGGAUCACAUUCUGAUUUGCUGCCGCGAAGGCCGAAAAGGUGACUAUACUCCUGAUUUUGCCAACAUCAAAGUUGUCAGCUACUACUUGCAGAAGAUUGCUAUUGCGUUGCUGGAGAGCUUGAGAGAGUGUGCUGAAAGGGACAGCACCGAGAAGCAGUAUGCGGCGAAUGUGUUGCAGAUGGAGAACACAUACUACUUCACACAGUGCAUCAAGGAGCGUGGUCCUGAGAUGUCAGUACUCUUCCGCAAGCCAAUUGUGAGAGCAAAUGCCACCUGCAAGCAGAGUACAGAUGCCUACCUUGGCUGGAUGAUCAAACGAGAGUUUGUAGUACUGCAUGACCUGUUUUCAAGAAUCUCCAAGAAAAGAAGGGAAGCAGGUGACCAGGAGGUUUUGCUGGAAGUGCCCAAGACGAUGUUUGUCAAGACACUGCAGAAAGAGGCCAGCAGAGAAGUGAUGAAGGAAAAGAUUGGAGUGAUGUAUACUCGGAUGGGCAAACACUUGUCGGAUGAGGGAGGCCUGCUGCCUGUGGCAUGGAAGGCACUGGUAAAGGUCCUUUAUGAAUGGUUUGGACGCUGGGAGAAGCUGAGCUCUCAAUGUUACCAGCACAAGUUGGAUCCAAGUGCUGUUGACAUUGUCCGCAUUGCCAAAGCAGCUGGUAGUGGAAAUCCUCCGAGUACAGUUGACAAGAGUGCCAGCAGUGCCAACCCUACAAAGAAGUCCAUUCUGUCACGUUAG